AUCAUCCUAUCCCUUGGACUUCGUUCCCAUUCGAUCCGCAUCUCUGUCAUCGUUUGUUCGUUUCAGAUCUACGUUGCCAAAGUCUUUCAGCCCGUUGCUGCUCUUGUCGCAACACCACACAUCCGCCGCUUGCACCGCCGCCGUUCUUGCACGUAGACGCACAAGAUCAUCGCCGCCGAUAGGAUCUUAAGAGUGACCUCAGGGAUUUAUAUAUCAAUUCCGCAGUGUAAGGAUCUCAAUUACAUGCUUCAGGAAAAUUCAUGUUAAGCUUGUUAGGGAGCUUGAGAAGAAGUUUAGUGGCAAGUCCCUUCUGCCAAAGGGUGUUGCUGACUCUUGAGGAGAAACAUCUUCCUUAUGACCUCAAGUUGGUAGAUUUGACCAACAAGCCAGAAUACUGCUUAAAAAUUAAUGCUGAGGGUAAAGUUCCUGUCAUAAAGCUUGAUGAGAAGUGGGUUUCUGAUUCGGAUAUCAUCACACAAAUUCUAGAAGAGAAGUAUCCUAUCCCACCAUUGGUAACUCCACCCGAAAAAACUACAGUAUAUAUGUAUCUAUCUUCUAGAUUUCCUGAUCAUUACUAGAUAUUUUUGUGCUAUUAUGUUUUUCUUGUGCUUGAUGUACUUAGUUUGGAAUAUUUAGAGAGAAAAAUGAAGCAUAGUUAUUGUGAAUAUAUCAUGGAGUUAUUAUGAAAGCUCACAUACCCAUUCAAAAUAUGCCAAAAUCUAUUUUUAUCUUUAUUGCUGUGGAUAUUCGCUGUAAAAUGUACCGCUGAUAUUUUUACUCCUUUUGCAUAAGACGUCUGGGAUUUGAAUUGAGUUGAUUGUUGAAUUGGAAGCAAGUAGUCCAGAACUAUUCCUGAACUAGGAAUCUGUUGCUUUAAUCAAUCCUGGGAGGCAGAGACAUAAGAUAGAAUCUCUCAAUUCUUUCUUGUGCUCUAGAGUAAACACUAAUUUCAUUUCCAGCACAUUACUUAGACAAACAUAGAGAAACAAGUUGUUUGACUAAUCUAAGGGCCCUUUGUAGGCUUGUACUCCCAUACAAGUCAUUUAGGUUAUCUGAGAGUGAUUAUGGAGAACUCGAUUCAUAAUAUUUAUAUAGCACCCUUUGCCAUUAAUGUGACAUCUUGUGUGCUACUAAUUCACCAUGCUUAACUAGCAAUUACUCUUUGGUGUAAUUUAAGGUAGCGUUUGUUUUCGGAAACAGG